UUAUUCACAGAUAAACGUAACCAAGAAUCCAUCUGACAAGUGCAGAAAGACGAAUUUGAGUGUCAGCCGCGUUUAGCGCGAUUUUUUGCAAAAUCGAGUAAUUGAAUGGAAAAACCGAAACGUUGAUAUAAUGUUUCCUGCAUAUGCGAACCUCUCGGCAUAUGAUCGUCACAAGAAGUUGAUGAAUGAUUAUUUUUUAACGAGAAAAGGUUCAGCCAUAACCUUGAAACGGGACACGUCGCGGGACAAAACAGACGCCGAUGUUAUUCGGGAUCAGCACAGAUUUUUAUGGCACAGCGAAGAUAACGACGUACGCGAUUCAUGGGAAACUAGACUGGCAAAAAAAUACUAUGACAAAUUGUUCAAGGAGUACUGCAUAUCCGAUUUGACCCACUACAAAAAAAACAAGGUUGCUCUCCGAUGGAGAACAGAGAACGAAGUUGUCAUAGGCAAGGGUCAGUUUCAAUGUGGAAACAAGAGGUGUGUAGAAAAGAAUGAGCUCAAAACUUGGGAAGUAAAUUUCGGUUAUGUCGAGCAUGGAGAGAAGAAAAACGCGCUUGUCAAAUUGAGACUUUGUCCAGAAUGUUCUCUCAAGUUAAAUCAUCAUAGUAAAAAGCGGGAGGUGAAAAGAAGAAAAUCUUUAAAACGAUUAGGAAAAACUGUUGACGUCCAAGAAGUUUUGGCGACGUCUACUACUAUGGUAAGGGACGCGAUUGAAGUUAAAGUUGAAAAGGAAGAUCAAGCCGACGACAAAAAGGAAGAAAAAACCGUUAAGGAAUCGCAAAUUUGGAAGGACAAGCCCAUAGAUAGCAAUGAAAAAUCAAGGGAGGAAGAGUUCGAAGAGUAUUUCGACGAACUGUUCAUGUAAAAUAGAUUACACCGUAGUAAAUAACGAAAAUACACUCUCAUUUCACAGAACAAUUGUACUGUGUACUUAUUAUACUGUCUAAUAAAAACGGAUUUCAUUUUACAUACUAUCAUAGACAGGAACGAUUGUUUCAUGAUCGGUCAGUUUUUUGAUUUCAACUAAAACGAUAUAAUUCGUCUGGUGUGUUUCAUCACUAGCUAUAUUUAAUUUCAUGUCAUGUUAUUCCAGGAUUUCAAAAUUACUAGCCUGUCAGGAGUAUAAGAUAAAUUUUAUUUAUAAAAAAUUCAUAACGUAGUAAAUUCAAUUUUUUUUAAAUAGCGCUAGAUUCUGUCUACCUGUAUGGUUAUACGUAUGCAAACUUUGUAAUUCUGGAUUUUGUACGUAUGUAUAAUUCAAAUAUCUGGUGAAAAAACUAAGCUACGUAUCUCACUUUGAAUUCCGACGUUCGUUACACUGUGCUUUCCAAUUUCUCGACAUUUUUUCCCUCCAUUUUAAAAUUGAUUUGAUUAGUAAAAACUACUUUAGCAACAUGCAAGCACCAUUAUUGCAGAUUUCUUUUCCCCUACCUUCCAAGUUAUCAUAUAUUAUGAAGAUUACUAUAGUAUUGACUGAACGUAAAUAAAAAAUAAUUUAUUAUAAUUUCAUAUCAUAUACGGUAAUAUGUAACGAUUACAAUAUUGUCAGAUGAUAUACAACGUCUCUAGAUAUCUAAAAAUUUGUUUAACAUUUCUUCUUAAUCUAAGUAAACGACUGGGCAUAUUGCCCUCUCAACGUGUUGAAUUCACCCGUCGGCGUUGCUAGUCCUUUUUUGUUGCUUAACAAUAAUUAUUAUAACUAAAUUUUUUUCGUCGUAUACAAUAUCAUGUAUAUUACAUAAAGACUAUCGGCAAUAUUUUAAUUACACAGCACGCCAACGUGUAGAAUUAUCAAUUGUUUCUUUGCCUAUAAACGGGCUAAAAGCUUCAAACAAUUUGACCAGUGGUGAAAGCCAAAAUUC